AUGCUCCUAGAGAAACUGCCGCACCAAGAGACCCACCUAGAACCCCUCGACAACAAUAUUAUACCAGUAGCCAACGACACCAGAUCAGACCCAUUAAUCGUUAGCAAAUCUCGGGUUCAUAAAGCGACAUUUUAUAUCUUUCAGUUGGAUCCUCCCAUGCUCAACGACAUCGAGGAAAUCUUUGAAAAGAAAAUCACUAAUCCAAAGAGGAUAAGUAAUCAAAUCUUUCCAGAAUGCACCGCCAAGUGGAAUUUCCUUACCGCCCAGAGACCAGACCAGACCAGCUCCAACAAAAUACAACCACCAAUCAAGUUGAGACAGCCCGCAUCGUGGCUUAAGAAUCUCACCAUUUUGAUCAAUGAAGCAACAACUUGUCAUGACUUUGCUCGCCUCACACCCAUAAUCCGAGCGCGGAGUGAGAGCGCGCAGAAUGAGAGCGCGCAGAAUGAGAGCGCGCAGAAUGAGAGCCCGCAGAAUGAGAGCCCGCAGAAUGAGAGCGCGCAGAAUGAGAGCGCGCAGAAUGAGAGCGCGCAGAAUGAGAGCGCGCAGAAUGAGAGCGCGCAGAAUGAGAGCCCGCAGAAUGAGAGCGCGCAGAAUGAGAGCGCGCAGAAUGAGAGCGCGCAGAAUGAGAGCGCGCAGAAUGAGAGCGCGCAGAAUGAGAGCGCGCAGAAUGAGAGCGCGCAGAAUGAGAGCGCGCAGAAUGAGGUGGCCGACUCUCCAGUCUUCAAGCCGUGUGUUUGA